AGUUGCAAAGAAAGAAAUAAAAUCUAUAACCCCGUAUACCUGGACAUCUCUGCUUCUAUUCUGUAAGAAGAUAAACAGCAAGAGGGGAAAACACUCCAGCACGCGGACCGGUCGCCGCUCGCUCGCUCUAGAGAUUAAAAUCGAGAAGGGAAAGCAAAUAAGGGUAAAGAAGUAAUGGAGAGAACGGUUUUGCUUCGGUCAUUAUCGUGUUCUUCGGCCGCCUACAGCAGAUUCUUCUUUCGUUCGGGUCACAGGUUAACAAGGUGGUCGUCCUCCUCUACUUCCAUUUCUCGUAGGCAAAAACGUUUGUUUCCUUCCGCGAACGGCCGCUCUGCUCUUCGUCACCCUUGCAGGUUGAUUUCCAGCUCUCCCUCCUCCCUUCAUCUCAAUAGAUGCUUUUCCUCUCUUACCCCCAGAGCUAUCGCCACUUCUCCCCAAUACGCCUCUCCAGACAUUGGCGGGAGCCACGAUGAAGUCGCCGAGAAGCUUGGAUUCGAGAAGAUUUCCGAACAAGUGAUUCAAGAAUGUAAAUCAAAAGCUGUUCUCUAUAAGCAUAAGAAAACCGGAGCAGAAGUAAUGUCUGUAUCCAAUGAUGACGAGAAUAAGGUCUUUGGUAUUGUUUUCCGGACUCCACCGAAAGACUCAACUGGAAUUCCUCACAUAUUGGAGCACAGCGUAUUGUGUGGAUCAAGGAAGUACCCUUUGAAGGAACCAUUUGUUGAAUUGUUGAAAGGGAGCUUGCACACUUUUCUAAAUGCAUUCACUUACCCUGAUAGGACAUGCUAUCCUGUUGCCUCCACAAACACUAAGGAUUUCUACAAUCUGGUCGAUGUCUACCUGGAUGCUGUCUUCUUUCCUAAGUGCAUACAGGACCUCCAGACAUUUCAACAGGAGGGUUGGCAUUAUGAGCUUAACGAUCCUUCAGAGGAUAUGUCUUUUAAAGGGGUUGUUUUCAAUGAGAUGAAAGGGGUAUACUCUCAGCCUGAUAAUAUAUUAGGCCGAUUAGCUCAACAGGCACUUUUUCCAGACACUACUUAUGGUGUUGAUAGUGGGGGUGAUCCACAAGUUAUUCCUAAGCUCACAUUUGAGGAAUUCAAGGAUUUCCACCGUAAGUAUUACCAUCCCAGCAAUGCCAGGAUAUGGUUCUAUGGAGAUGAUGAUCCAAAUGAACGUCUACGCAUCCUUAGUGAAUACCUAGAUCUGUUUGAUGCAAACCCAGCCUCCCUUGAAUCAAAGGUUGAUGCACAAAAACUAUUCUCAGAACCAGUGAAGAUUGUAGAGAAAUAUCCUGCAGGUGAGGGUGGUGAUUUGAAGAAGAAACACAUGGUGUGCCUAAACUGGCUGCUAUCUGAUAAGCCUUUGGACUUGCAAACUGAACUUACUCUUGGGUUUCUGGAUCAUCUUAUGUUGGGAACUCCUGCUUCUCCUUUGAGAAGAAUCCUACUGGAAAGCAGAUUAGGAGAUGCUAUUGUUGGUGGCGGAGUUGAAGAUGAACUCCUCCAGCCUCAAUUUAGCAUUGGGUUGAAAGGUGUUUCUGAAGAUGAUGUUCAAAAGGUAGAAGAAUUGAUUAUGAGUACUCUAACAAAGUUGGCAGAGGAAGGAUUUGAUUCAGAAGCUGUAGAGGCAUCCAUGAAUACAAUUGAAUUCUCUUUGAGGGAGAAUAACACUGGGUCAUUCCCUCGAGGCUUGUCCUUGAUGCUUCGUUCCAUUGGAAAAUGGAUUUAUGAUAUGGAUCCGUUUGAACCUUUAAAGUAUGAGGAGCCCCUAAAAUCUUUAAAAGAUAGAAUAGCUAAGGAAGGAUCGAAAGCUGUUUUCUCUCCAUUAAUACAGAAAUAUAUCUUGAACAACCCUCACUGUGUUGCAAUUGAAAUGCAGCCUGAUCCAGAGAAGGCUUCACGUGAUGAGGCAGCUGAGAGAGAAAUCCUGGAGAAAGUCAAAGCAAAUAUGACAGAAGAAGAUCUUGCUGAACUUGCACGUGCUACACAAGAACUCCGACUGAAGCAGGAAACUCCAGACCCGCCAGAAGCUCUAAAAACUGUACCAAGCCUCUCUUUACAUGACAUUCCAAAGAAACCUAUACAUGUACCUACAGAGGAAGGGGAGAUAGACGGGGUAAAAGUUUUAAAGCAUGACCUUUUCACAAAUGAUGUCCUUUAUACAGAAAUUGUCUUCAAUAUGAAUUCACUGAAGCAAGACCUACUUCAGUUGGUACCACUAUUCUGUCAGUCAUUGCUGGAGAUGGGAACAAAAGACUUGGAUUUUGUCCAACUUAAUCAGUUAAUUGGAAGAAAGACUGGAGGAAUAUCAGUUUAUCCUUUCUCAUCGUCUUUACGGGGCAAGGAGGAUCCAUGUAGUCAUAUAAUUGUUCGAGGCAAAGCCAUGGCAGGGCGUGCUGAAGACCUAUUUAAUCUGUUUAAUUGCAUCCUUCAAGAUGUCCAGUUCACUGACCAACAACGUUUUAAGCAAUUUGUUUCGCAAAGCAAAUCAAGAAUGGAGAACCGACUAAGAGGCAGUGGUCAUGGAAUUGCUGCUGCAAGGAUGGAUGCCAAGUUAAACGUUGCAGGAUGGAUUGCUGAGCAAAUGGGUGGCAUCAGCUACUUGGAGUUUCUCCAAACUCUAGAAGAGAAAGUUGAUCAGGAUUGGGCUGAAAUCUCUUCUUCUCUUGAGGAGAUACGCAAAUCUUUACUUUCAAGGCAGAGUUGCUUGAUAAAUAUGACUGCAGAUGCAAAAAAUCUCACAAAUACGGAGAAAUUUGUAAGCAAAUUCCUUGAUCUGCUUCCAAACACCCCACCUGGUGAAAAACUUUCUUGGAAUGACCGGCUUUCUUUUGUAAAUGAAGCAGUUGUUAUUCCCACCCAGGUUAACUACGUUGGGAAAGCUGCUAAUAUAUAUGAUACAGGGUAUCAGCUCAAUGGAAGUGCUUAUGUCAUUUCCAAAUAUAUUAGUAAUACAUGGUUGUGGGACCGCGUACGAGUUAGUGGUGGUGCCUAUGGAGGUUUUUGUGAGUUUGAUACUCACUCAGGAGUAUUUACAUACUUGUCCUAUCGUGAUCCGAAUUUACUGAAGACUGUUGAGGUGUAUGAUGGAACUGCCAACUUCCUACGUGAAUUGGAGAUGGAUGAUGACGCCCUUACAAAGGCAAUUAUUGGAACCAUUGGAGAUGUGGAUUCCUACCAACUACCUGAUGCAAAAGGUUAUAGCAGUUUACUACGGUAUUUGCUGGGAGUCGCAGAAGAUGAAAGACAAAAAAGACGAGAAGAGAUCCUAUCAACCAGAUUGAAGGAUUUCAAGGAAUUCGCAGAUGCAAUAGAAGCGGUUAAAGACAAGGGUGUUGUGGUGGCUGUGGCGUCCCCGGAUGAUGUUGCUGCAGCUAACGAGGAACGUUCUAAUUUCUUUCAAGUAAAGAAAGUUCUGUAAACCCACAGCAGUCAUCUUCAUGGUUCACUCUACGCAUUCUUUUCUCAUGGUGUAAUGGUGCUAUUAUUGCCAUAGCCAUUGAAGACUGGUGUCCAUAAUGAAAUAUUUAAGAAAUAAUCUCUGCCGAUAUUUGGUGAUA